AGAAAGGGUAACAUUUCACAUUUGUAUGGUUGAUAAUCAAUAUUUUCUAGUAGUGCAGAGCCCGUUGGGCCUAUUUGCUCAUGUUGUGUUUUGUAGUCUACUGUACUUCAAAAUCAUAAGAAGAACUGGGAUAUUUUGGCCCCCGCACUUUCAGCAGCAGUGAUGGCAGAUGGCUACCUGUCUACUACCACCAUAUCUACGGUUGGGGAUGGAACCUACACCCUCGAGGACACCAUGACUACAGCAGGGGACGUGACAACAGGUGACGUGACCGUAAGGGACGCGACCAGGGAUGCCGGAGACCUGCCGGCCAUCUUCAUGUGUGCCAAAUGCCACCUGGUGCUGGGAGACUCUCUGUCCUGGGCCGGAUCCGAUGAACACCAGAACCACAUCUUAUUACGCAGUGUGACCAGUAAUGUAUGUGUGGGUAAGGAUCCUCUAUUUGCCGGAAAAUAUAGGAAAAUGGGCUGUGUGGUGCGUGUGUUGUCGUGUGUGGGCUGUAAGUGUCCGGUGGGGAUCAUGUACCUGUCAACGCCACCAGAGUUAGAUCACAGACGAUCUCUUUACAGCAUGGACGUAGCCAAUAUAGACAGUUAUGUAGUGGGCUCCACUGAACAACAGAGGGCAGCAGUGAGUUCAGAAAAGAUGCCAGUGACCAUGGAGACCAGAGACGGCGUGCAGAAGCAACUCGAUAAGAUGCAAGUGCUGACGGUGGCGUUGGGCCAGAGGCUCGAUGACAUUGAGAAGGAACUGCACAAAAACAAAUCGUCUCAGUGAUGAGUCACCGAGGACUUUAACAACACUCAUACAGGACUGUAAGAACCUCUGUCAGCACUAACUAGGAGCUGCAGAAAAAAUAAUCACCAAAUCCCUGAGCCACCGAUGACUUAACAAACCCUCCUCAGCACUCUCUACAGUGAUUACCACCUCAUCAGUGAUGACUUUAACAACCCCUAUCGGCAAUAACAACAC